AUGCCUCGGUGUAGUAAUUUAUUAUUAUAUUUAUUUGUAUUAGUGACCCUGUCAGAUUUAUUUUUGUCUGGUGCUAGAGGGGAUACGGCGGAAGUAAAAACAGCUGAUAUUGUAAACGAUCAUUUAGAGAAAGGAAAAAAGUUAUUAGCUACCGGACAAUUAUCUGAUGCUUUAACACAUUUUCAUUCAGCUGUUGAGGCUGAUCCACAAAAUUAUCUUAGUUAUUUUCGUCGAGCAACAGUUUAUUUAGCUAUGGGAAAAUCGAAAGCAGCAUUGCCAGAUUUAAGUAAAGUUAUUGAACUUAAACCUGAUUUUGUUGCUGCUCGUAUGCAACGAGGAAAUGUUCUGUUGAAACAAGGUGAUUUUGAUGAAGCAAGAGAAGAUUUUCAGACUGUCUUAAGAUCGGAUACUUCAAACGGUGAAGCACAUACUCAACUUGAUACAACAAUACAAAUGGGCCAAGUAUUUCAAGAAGCAGAAAGUUCUUAUACACAUCAAGAUUAUGCGAGAGCAAUUGAAUUACUUUCCACAAUAAUUGAGCAUUCACCAUGGGCAAUAAAAUUACGUGAAUUACGUGCUGAUAGUUAUUUAAAAUCCGGUGAUACAUUAAAAGCAAUAAAUGAUCUUAAAGCUACAGCUAAAUUAAUACCGGAUAAUACUCAAGCUUUUCUUCAAAUAAGUGAUUUACUCUAUUCAAUUGGUGACGCUGAUGAUAGUUUAACAAACAUUCGUGAAUGUCUUAAAUUAGAUCCUGAUCAUAAAGCAUGUCAUACACAUUAUAUUAAAGUAAAAAAAUUAGCUAAACAAUUAGAAACUAUACGUGAUGCAACAAGUCAAUCACGUUGGAAUGAUUGUCUUGAAAAAGCUAAUCAAGUUCUUAAACUUUCUUCUGAUCCAGCAUCACAUACAUUUGUUUAUCGUGCACAUUCAUCAUUAUGUACAUGUAUGUCACGUGGAAAAUCUCCAGCAAAAGAUACAAUACAAAUAUGUACAGAAGUUUUAGAUACAUAUCAUGUAUCUGAUUCUGAAAUUCUUGUUAGUCGUGCUGAAGCACAUAUAUUAAAUGAAGAUUAUGAAGCUGCAUUAGCUGAUUAUCAACGAGCACAUGAACAUGAAGAUACACAACGUGUACAUGAUGGAAUAAAACGUGUACAAAAAUUAAUAAAACAAUCGAAAAAACGAGAUUAUUAUAAAAUCUUAGGUGUACGACGAUCAGCUAAUAAAGCUGAAGUUUUACGAGCUUUCAGAAAAUUAGCUAUUAGAUGGCAUCCAGAUAAAUAUGAAGGUGAUGAUAAGAAAAAAGCAGAAAAAAUGUUUAUUGAUAUUGCUGCUGCUAAAGAAGUUUUAACUGAUCCAGAAAAACGUGCUAAAUUCGAUGCUGGUGAUGAUCCUCUUGAUGCAGAAGAACAAGCUCAACAACAUAAUCCAUUUCAAGGUGGUUUUAAUCCAUUUGGUGGUGGAAAUAAUCAAGGUUAUACUUUUCGGUUCCAUUUUAAUUGA